AUGCGUCCCAACUUGUUACUGAAGCUUGUGCACUCCGUCCAUACAAAGCCAUCCGACUCCGACUCCGUCACUUCCGCUCUGAGCACUACGCCUUCUGAAAAGAUGGAUUAUCAACAGCAGCAGCAAUUCCAAGCACACGGGAUGCCCCAAAUUCCCUCCCAGCCGGUACAGAUGGCGAGUCAUAUCUCACAGGCAGACCAAGACGCUAUACAGCAAUCGUUAUUGCCGCAGAGAUCCACGGUCUCCAAAGGCAAGUACUCGCUCAGCGACUUCCACAUUAUGCGAACUUUGGGCACGGGCUCGUUCGGGCGUGUGCACCUAGUCAGGUCCGUGCACAACGGGCGCUACUACGCGGUCAAGGUAUUGAAGAAGGCGCAGGUGAUUAAGAUGAAACAGGUGGAGCACACGAACGACGAGCGCCGUAUGUUAAAGUUGGUGGAACAUCCAUUCUUGAUCCGCAUGUGGGGCACGUUCCAGGACUCGCGAAACUUGUUCAUGGUGAUGGAUUACAUAGAGGGGGGCGAGUUAUUUUCAUUGUUAAGAAAGUCGCAGCGCUUUCCGAACCCCGUGGCAAAGUUCUACGCCGCGGAAGUCACCUUGGCAAUUGAGUAUCUCCACUCGCACAACAUCAUCUAUCGCGACUUGAAGCCGGAAAAUAUCUUGUUAGAUCGAAACGGGCACAUCAAGAUCACCGACUUUGGCUUUGCCAAGGAGGUCACUACCGUCACCUGGACCUUGUGCGGGACCCCCGACUACAUCGCGCCCGAGGUCAUCACCACCAAGCCGUACAAUAAGUCCGUCGACUGGUGGUCCUUGGGGAUCUUGAUCUACGAGAUGUUGGCCGGCUACACCCCGUUCUACGACACCACGCCAAUGAAGACAUACGAGAAGAUCUUGGCUGGCAAGGUCAUCUUCCCGUCCUUCAUGCACGCCGACGCCGUGGACUUGUUGACCAAGUUGAUCACCGCCGACUUGACCAGACGCUUAGGGAACUUGUCGGGCGGGCCGGCCGAGAUCCGUAACCACGCGUGGUUCUCCGAGGUGGUCUGGGAGAAGUUAUUGGCCAAGGAUAUAGAGACUCCCUACGAGCCUCCCAUCACCGCUGGUGUCGGUGAUUCCUCCUUGUUCGACCACUAUCCGGAGGAACAGUUGGACUACGGUGCCACUACCGAGGAUCCGUUUGCCCAGUAUUUUGUGGAGUUCUGA